AUGGAACCAGAGCCGUCCCCUACCGCUCUCCUCAAGGCUAUCACAGCCCUCACCGCCACAGUUGGGUCCCUGCAGGAUCAAAUUUGCGCCCAAAGCCAGCAAAUCACUGAACUUAGGGCCAUAUGCAAGGAAACCGCAGACCUCCUUGGGGAUAAAGACCAAGGAGCACCCAAAGCCCAGCCUGGCCCAUCGACUGGGCCUGUCACUCCUCCCACACACUUGGGAGGAGAAACCCACACUCCAGGCACGGCUAGGCCUGGACUCAAGGACCCCUUCCGCCCAUCAAGGGGUACAGGGUUUGACUCAGAAGAAGAAGAGGAACCCAGGCAAGCUCCCAAAAAAGAGCCUCGCGGAACGCCUAGGAGCCUAAGCUCCCUCACCCCCUUUGACGCAGGAUCCAGCGCUAAACAACCCAAAAUGGACCUCCCGGACCCUUACAAGGGUGAUAUUAGGGGCCGCAAAGCCACCCAAUGGCUGGACCAAAUGCUUCUCUGGGCCGCCCUGCAUAGGGAACAAUUUGAUGAGGAAGAGCAAAUGGUGGUAUGGAUAUUAUACCAUAUGACCGACAAGGCUGCCGAUUGGGCUCUCCCCAUCAUUGGGACCAUUAUCAAGGGCAAAGGACAACCCCCGACCACCAUUUUGGCCUUAACGGCCAAAUUCAAAGAAGCUUUUGCUGAUCCAGACGCAAAGAGGGCGGCUGCCAGGAAGAUUGCUGCGUUAGUUCAGACCACAACCACGUCUGAAUACGUCACAGAGUUCCGCAAUCUCAUAGCAGAACUAGAUUGGAACAAGGAGGCGUAUAUUGCCCAGUUCACACGCGGCCUCCACUGGAAGGUCAAGGAGCUCCUGUCCACCAAGGACAACAUCCCCAAUGAGUUAGAGGCUAUAUUUGCCGCCUCCAUUAAAAUUGAUAAUACUCGUUGGGAAAAUGAGGAGAACCAACCUAAAAAGGCACCGGCCAAAUCCCCCGUCACUACUACUUCCACCACCACCACAAGGGUCCGCCUAUCCGAGGACCCCAACUAUGUCACCCCGGAAGAAAGGGAUUGCCGCCGUGCGUCAGGCCUUUGUGUUAAGUGCGGCCAAAAAGGACAUGGGAUCAAGCAGUGCCCCAAUGGCUGGAAAGCCACAAUCAAGGAAGUUGCCAAGAUAGGAGAAGCCGUUGAGUCGGAAAAAGAAUAA